UAUAGCUUGGUGGACCAAUAGCGACGCUUCCACGUCUUUUCGAAUUGAAAUCCAGAGCGGUUGUAGUUGACGGGAGUACUACGAAAGAGCCAGAUUCGCUCAACCAUCAAAAGAUUCAACCCUCGUUAGAAUGUCAGAAUCAAGCGGGGUGGAGUUGAAACCCCUCAGACCGGGGGUGCGUGCUCCUUUAAGAAGUCUGGAGAAUGACCUUCAACAAAUGCAAUCAACUCCAUCGUCUAAACCCCAUUCCAGAUUACCAGCCAUUGGUGAUGUUUCGGAUACCACGGUGGAUGUCCCAAACCAACCAGGCAAUAAAAAAAGCAACAGGUCCUUCAAUCUUGUAGAUGGGUGUUCGAUACUUAAUGCCUCUACUGCCUGCAGUGGCGACAUAACCUUCAAAUCGUUCGCCUGUAUGGACGGUGAUAUGGAGAUUUUGGAUUACUCGGAUGCAUCAGAAGAUAGCAUUGUUCUACCAACACACCAGCCUUCUAAAAGUUGGAUACAAGGGGAUCUGACCAUCUCUGAAAGCAUAAUAAUCAAUGAAUCGGGGAGCAAACAUAUUGACCAUGCCUACGUUAACCCAGAGGAGGGCAAUAGUGUGGUGAUGAAACACGCUGUACUUGAGGAACAGGUCGAUUCACUGACUGAACUUUCAAACUCAAUCCCAAGCGGGGCAUCCAAAAACAUGAAUGCCCAGCAAGAACCCACUCUGGUUAAUGGGUGCAGAGAAGCUGAAUGUGAUAUCACUUAUAAGUCCUUUAUCUGUGAUGGGGGUGAAGUGGAGAUUCUGGAUGCCACCGCACAUCCGUUGAAUAUGACAAUCCCUUUACCCAAGGAAGAGCUUGAAUACCAGCAUCCCGGGGAUGAGUUCAUUAUGAGCAUUGUGGGAGAGGACUCUGGAGAUCAAGAUCACACCGAUCAUCCGUACAGUAGCAAAGAAUGUGGAUUUUCUUGCUCUAUCGAACAAAGCCCUAAACUUAGAGAUGGACCUACGGAUAUCACAUUGAGAUCUUUUGUCUGCACCGGAGGAGAGGUCGAGCUUUCAGACACCACUACAGUUGCAGAGCAGACAAUUCCAGUACCUUCGGUUCAGCUCGACAUCAGCAAUUAUUUGGGCAAAGAUGAAAGCAGAAUAAACCAAAGCGAAUUGGCAGCCAAUCAAAUCAUUGAUCCAUUUAAGGGUCAUUUAGAGCACUGCUAUUUUAAUAAUGACUUUCUCAACAUUCCAAGUCCAAGCAGUGACCUUAAAGCACCCCAGGAGCCUCUUUCCAGCAGCGCUGAAGCUCCUCAGCUGGACGAGCAUGACAGUGUAACUGAUGGUGGCAAAUCCACUGGGCCAUUUGAAUCCCUAAGAGAUACAGCCGCUGAUGUCAACUCUACAGAGGCCUUCAUCCUGUUGGAGAAGCCUUUGCCUCUGUCGGAAGAUCCUGCAGAGUUUAGCCCGACCUCCUACAACGACUUUAGAGCCGUUAGCAUUGUAGAGAGUCACGAUCCAGACUCACAACAUCAACAACCCUGUGCUUUGAAAAGGGAUGAAUCCAUUGAAGCCGCAGCUGCGAAUGAUGCUGUAAUAACUGUUGCUAACAUCCAGCAACUGCAAGAUGUUUCCCAGACUGUCUUGUCCCCCGUUGAAGUGAUUGCUGCCGGAUACUGCUCUGAAUUUCUGGCGGAAAUUUCUCUCCUGGAUAGGGAGAGUCUGGUUGAGAAGAUGCCCUACGCGGUGCCCCUCAUGGGGCCCUUAGAGAGCCCCAUAUCCCGGCCCCUCUUCAACUCCACCGCCCUACGCACCAGGUACCUCGCCACUCCCCGUGUCAGCCGGCACAGGGAGGUGCCAGAGCAAUUACCGCCGGCCAGAGGCAGCGUGGUGGCGGCGGCGGCAGGGCCCGCGUCCCAGGAGUUGAGGGGUCUCCCGGACCCCCCCCUGAUCCCCGACGGGUCCCUGCAGCAGCAGCUCCGCCAGAUGGCUGAAUACCUUCUCUUGGCUUCGGGGAAGAUGUCCACAGAGUCUGCUCCUUUUGCCCUGGCCGCCAUCGCUCCACCAGCGGUUGAGUCCCACAGCAUCUGCGUGGGAACCUCUCCUGUGAAGUGGGUCGACCGCUGCUUCAACACGUCUGGACAGUUUGUGAGGAAGAGGGAGAUCUCUGUGGCGGACGGCUGCACCGCUACUGACCCUCUUCUGUGGAAUGUGCCCCCAGGCAGUCUGGAGGGUCUGCCCAAGCAGGAGCUAGAGCAGCGGCUGAGGUCCCACAUGAUCAAUGUGGAGGUCCUGUUGCAGCAACUGGACGCGUCCAGGGGACAGAAGAGCACCCCUGCUGGCCCUCCACCAUCCCAGCUCAGGGACGUACUGGUGCAGACGGACCACACUGAACUCAACCAGACCUCAACGUACAGAGACCUCUACAUGACCGCUCUGGGUCGAAUCCAGGAGCUGGAGAUGGACCAGAGUUCUCUCCAGAGUCUGAUCCAAGCAGUGGAGAAGACCAAGAUCACCGCGGGUACGCUGAGUGCAGACACGGACACAGCCAUCUCUACCAUGAGGCAGAUGGAGCAGGCUGUCAGGGAGGACCGCUGUGGUCUCCUAGCCCAGUAUGGGCAGAUGAAGGGUCUGUGUGGGAGGUUCAUGGACAGCCAGGCCAGGCUGGCGCAGAAGGUACGAGAUGCCCUGCAGGAGAGGGAGGACAUGAGGAGACAGAUGGACGAGGCCCUCAGCCACAAGGAAGCCGCCUUCAGUGUGACGGAGCAGUUGCGGGUUCACUGUGCUCAGCAGAUAUCUGAGAUGGAACAGAGUGUGGGCUGUCACCAAGAGCUCAUGGAGGCCCUAAAGAAGACCUACCCAGAACAGGUGGCCUUAAACCACGCCUACGUGGAGACCCUCAGCAGCGCCUCCGGUCUGCUCUCGAGGACAACAAAGGAACAGGCCAGCCUGGCGGAGGAGUUGGCCAGAGUGCGAAGCCUUCUGAAGAAGACGGUUCCUAUGCUCUUGAAGCUGAAUGAGAAGGCAGUGGACGCGCUGAGCGACCGGAACCAGCACCUGUUGGACAGAGACCAGGCCCUGGAGGAGAUGCAGCAGAUUCAGGAAGCGCAGCAGCAAGCUCAUUUGGAUCUCGAAGAUGCCGACCAGCAGAUUGGAGAUCUGAAAAUCCAGGCCACCAUAAUGAACUCAGAGCUGGGUGUGCUGCGGCAGAAGCUGAGUGAGGGGGAGGAGGAGCGUGCCUUGCUGGAAAGGAAGGUGUCAGAGCUCUCUGCCACCAUCUCCUCCACCCUGGCCUCCUACACCUUUCUGGAGCAGUCCCUCAUCUCGGAGAGCGCCAUGUUACAGCAGUCCAGGAAAGACCAGCAGCAGGCCGUAGACCAGGCAGACCAGCUGGAGGCGCUGCUCGGCCCGUCGGAGCAGCGGGUUGGUGAGCUGAGCCGGGCCCUGGCCCACAGUGAGCAGCGGCUGGGGCUGCUGCAGGCCCACUGCCAGACCCAGGCCCAGCAGCUCCAGCUGCUGGAGGACACCUGCACCCAGCUCUCCUCCGCCAGGGAGAUGAACGAGUUUCUGCAGAUGGAGAACGAGGCGGUACGGGAGCAGACUGUGGAGAUCGAAGAGCUGUACCAAGCCAGCCUGCAAGGCCUCCGGGAGAGGAACAACCAGUGUGAGGACCUGAAAGGGGCCGUCAGUCGACUUCAGCUGGAGAAGGCCUCGGUCGAGGCCGAGCUAGAGGCCACGAGGUCCAGAGCCUCCCACGCGCAGCAGAGCCUGGGAGAGCAGCUGGUCCAGGGGGUCACCUCCCUCACUGUGCAGCUCCACACGCUGAAGGGCCUGACCCACAGCCUCCACGUGGCUCUGGGAGAGCAGUACUCCGAGCCCGGUGCGGAGGCAGCUUCCCGAGCCACGACCCCGGGACCAGGCAGGAGCGCCUUCAUAGACCGCAUCAUGGUGGCACUGGGCGCUGAGAAGGAGAAGCAGAAGGAGAAGCCGAAGGAGAAGGAGGAGGAGGAGGAGGAGGAGGAGGAGGAGGAACGAGACAAUCAGCCUGAGUUCGAAGGGUUGCUCAGCAAAACCAGUGCCUUCACACGCAUCACGCCCGCCGUCACGCCCAAGAAGAUCCAGAGGUUGGAGGUGGAGGAGGAGGAGACGGAGCUGGGGAGCUUCGGCUUGCCUGAGCUGCUGCUGGAGCUGUCCAGCACAGUCACUGAGCUGGCCUCCACCCUGGCCACCACACGGCAGCGUAAAGACGAUCAGCUGGAGGAGAUGCACUCCACCAUCUGUGACCUGCAGAGGGAGCAGCAAGCUGCAGCCAGCAAACACUGUGACGAGGUGGUGCAGCUGACCAAUCAGCUGAGCCGUCUCAGCGGUCAGGUGGAGAAGGGCCAACUGGCACAGCAGGACGAAACUCAGGAGUUACGUCACAUGCUGCAGCAGUCGCAGGUGGAGUCGUGGGCCCUGAGGGACGAGCUGCGGAAAGGGGGCUCCGGAUCUGACGGCACGCCACACUUCAUGGAGCAGAAGAUCCAGCUCCUCCAGGAGGUGGAGAGGCUGAAGGGGGGUCUGAUGCAGUCUGAGCAGGCCAGGACCAAGCUCCUGGAGAAGGCGAAAAGACACAAAAUGGUCUACCUAAAAAACGAGCAAAAGAUGGAGGAAGAACUAGGAAUGCUGGACAACAUGGUGGAAACGGCUCGAAAGACCUUGAAGUCCAUCCCAGAUGUGGUGCAGAACUAUGAGGAGCUCCGAAAGCUUCAGGAUUUAAUCAGUUGAUUUGUAAUAUUUAUUGUAUUUUGUUCGCUUCUGUAGCCCUUUCCUUUCUUUUUCAGACCUGUUGGUAUUGUUCUGUUUUGUAUUAAAAUUCCAAUUUUUUUAA